UGUAACAAAUCCGGAAAGAUUUUUAGAGGAAUCUCUAGCCUCAUUCUACAUAGGAAAGUUAACACUGGAGAAAAGCCAUAUGAGUGUAGUGACUGUGGGAAGGCCUUCAGAUAUAAGAGUAACCUCAAUCAACACCACAGACUUCACACUGGAGAAAAGCCCUAUGUGUGUAGUGACUGUGGGAAGUCAUUCAGGUAUAUCUCUGUUCUUUAUCAGCACCAGAGAGUUCACACUGGGGAAAAGCCAUAUGAGUGUAUGGAUUGUGGCAAGACUUUCAGGCAUAGUUCCAACCUCACUGUACACCAAAGAGUUCACACUGGAGAAAAACCGUAUUAAUGUGGUGAAUGUAGGAAGUCCUUCAGACAAAGGCAUGCCCUCACUGAACACCAGAGAAUUCACACUGGAAAAAAACCUUAUGAGUGCAUUGAAUGUGGGAAGUCCUUUAGAGGAAGGUAUAACCUCACCGAACACCAGAGAAUUCACACUGGAGAAAAACCUUAUGAGUGCAUUGAUUGUGGGAAGUCCUUUAGAGGAAGGUAUAACCUCACCGAACACCAGAGAAUUCACACUGGAGAAAAACCUUAUGAGUGUAGUGAAUGUGGGCAGUCCUUCACAAAAAGUUGUAACCUUACUAGUCACCAGAGAGUUCACUCUGGCGAAAAACGUUAUGAAUGCAGUGAAUGUGGGAAAUCAUUUAGAUGUCGUGGUCACCUUCUUAAGCACAAGAGAGUUCACACAGGAGAAAGGCCUCAUGAGUGUAGUGAAUUUGGGAAAUCUUUUAGCAGAAAAUCUCACCUCAUUAGACACCUGAUUGUUCACAAUGGAGAAAAGCUUUAAAUGUGCACCCAAUACUUAAUUUUUCUCAUUGACAAUAACAGCACUAAUGG